AUGGGCUCUAUUAACGAAUCGGAACGCUACGUCAACCUGCUAGAGUACCUCCGCUCCAGGACCCAGGUUGACUGUGACAGCCUGGACAUUCAGAUCGUCACGGAGCUAGGACCGUUCGUCGAUUGCACUUCGAAUCAGGCAGAUAGCUACUUUGAGCUUCUGAACCCUCGUCGUGCAGCUUUGCUCAAGAAGUCCGCUGAUCUGAGCCGACAUAUUCUGCCUGAAUACCCGGAUGUGUCUUUCGAAGAGCUAGCAGUCGAGAUAUCGAUGAUCAGCCUAUCUCUGACUAUUGCACCAUUGAUCCCUGGAAACAUUCAUGUCAUGGCCAAUCCAAGCCUUUCCUAUUCCACACCGAAGGUAAUCCAAAAUGGUCAACGUAUCGCCAGCCUCUGCCAGCGGUUGGACCCUAGCUUCGAUCUAUCUAGGCUUUGCAUCAAAGUCCCAGCUACCUGGGAGGGUCUGCAAGCCUGCCGUAAAUUGAAGGACUUGGGAAUCAAGACCCUGGCAACAACACUGUUCACCAUGGAACAGGCGAUACUUGCCGCGGAAGCGGGUUGCAUUUCGAUUUCGCCAUUUGUGCACGAGCUCAGAGUCCAUUUUGACGAAGAAUACCAUGAUACGGACCCGAUCUUUGACCUAUGUGUCAAGGCGCAACAAUACUUUGAGCGGUAUUCGUACGCGACUCGAGUGAAAGCUUGCAGUCUUAUCUCAGUGGACGAGGUUAUGCAAGUUGCUGGUGUUGCCGCACUCACCCUCCCUCCCACGCUUCUACAUCCUCUUUCCGAGAUGACAGAGCCGGAAGCUAAAGUGGCCGCUCUCUCCUUGUUCAACCACAACACCAAAAUAGAAGGGCAAGAGAUGGAGCGCAGAAGUUUCCUCGAUGAGGAAGCGCGAUUUCGAGAGACAUUUGCAAAGCGUGAUGGCGGGAAGGGAAGGGUGAAGACGACCCAGGCAAUUGACCUCUUCUGCGAGUAUCAACUCAAGGCGGAGGCUCUUAUGAAGGACACCGAUACCACAAUAGUUGCGUAA